UUUUGGAAAAGGGUUCUGCUUACUGUGUAACAUACAGAGAGACCACGAGAAAUUUCUGGAUUGUCCGUCGAUACAGGGCGCAAGAGCGACAGCCAAUACGACGAUGAAUCGCAAGCCCUCCCACCGCAACAACACCAACGAUACGACCGAGACUCCCGCGGCCCAACCUGUAUCGAUGGACUAUUCCACCCUAUUCCCUCUGUCUCGUAUUAAAGCGUUGCUCGAACAAGAAUCCGGAAUCGAUUUGAUGCAACAAUCCAGUUGUCAAGUUGUUAGCGCAACGUCUGCCUUGUGGUUGCACCGUUUGAUUCAAAAGGCCCGCCACGCACAAUCCACGGCGGAACACGACGAUGGGUCGCGUGCUGGCGCAGCAACGAAUGUUACAGUGGGAGGACAUCAUGUCUUGACGGUGGCUGGACUACGGCAUAUUCUAGAGAAUGAUCCGUCCUACGCCUUUUUCGACUCGAGCGCAGAGAUACUGGAACGGUUUCAAGCCCAAGAGGAAUCCGAACGGCAGUCACUUUACAAACCCACGAAAAAGAGACAACGCACAGCGAAGUCGUUUGCACUCAAGCAAAAAUCUGUGACGGCAUUGGUGGGAGCCAAUCUGCAGGAAAGUCACGUGAAUGUAGAUGAGCUCCAGCGAGCAGGUCGCCGGCAAACGGAAAUUGACGUAGACGAAGAAGACUACGAUUAG